CGGCCGCUCCCUGCGGCCCCGGGAGCCGGGAGGCGAGAGGCGAACCCCGGCAGCCGCGGGUGAGUAGCCCGGGACAGCCCGAGCCCCGCGGGGCACAGCGAGGGCGGCGGGCGGCGAUGCCCCCGCGGGCGGCCGCUGCCGCAGCCGGGGGCGGCGCUGGCCGGGGGGCCCGGGGCAGCGGGGCCGGUCCGUGCGCUCCCGAUGGGGAGCGCGGCGCUGGGGGGCGGCCCGCGGGCGCUGCGGGCACUCACCGGGUGCCUGCUGGGCGCCCUGGUGCUGAGCACGCUGCUGGGCAACGCGCUCGUGUGCCUCGCCAUCCUGCGCUUCCGCCACCUCCGCAACAAGGUCACCAACUGGUUCGUGCUGUCGCUGGCCAUCUCGGACCUCUGCGUGGCCCUCCUGGUGAUGCCCUGGAAGGCGGUCACUGAGGUCGCUGGAGGCUCCUGGCUCUUUGGCAGCCACUUUUGUGACACCUGGGUGGCCUUCGACAUCAUGUGCUCCACUGCCUCCAUCCUCCACCUCUGCAUCAUCAGCCUGGACCGGUACUGGGCCAUCGCCAGCCCCUUCCGCUAUGAGCGCAGGAUGACCCAGCGCCUUGCUUGUGCCAUGAUAGCCGCGGCCUGGGCUCUCUCCAUCCUCAUCUCCUUCAUCCCAGUGCAGCUACAAUGGCACAAAGCCAAGGAUAGCAGAGAUCCGGGCUCCUGGCUACCUGGGACACCCCGCUGCGAUGUCAGAUUGAACCGCACUUAUGCCAUCACCUCCUCCCUUAUCAGCUUCUACAUCCCCGUGGCCAUAAUGAUCAUCACCUAUACCAGGAUCUACAGAAUUGCCCAGGCCCAGAUCCGCCGCAUCUCCACCCUUGAGAGGGCAGGGGGCCAGUGGGCACCUCCUGGCAAGGAGCUCACCUCCUCUUUGCGGAGUUCCUUGCACAAGGAGACCAGGGUGCUGCAGACCCUUUCCAUCAUAAUGGGAGUCUUUGUUUGCUGCUGGCUGCCCUUCUUCCUGCUGAACUGUCUGCUGCCUUUCUGCCAGCCCAGCCUCGAGGAGGACGCUGAAGAACAGUCACUCUGUAUUGGCCAAACCACCUUCAACGUCUUUGUGUGGUUUGGCUGGGCCAACUCUUCAGUGAAUCCAGUGAUCUAUGCUUUCAACGCAGACUUCAGGAGGGCUUUCAGCAAUCUCUUGGGCUGCCAGUGCUGCUGCUGUGGCACACCCAAAUCCCCUGUGGAGAGGGUCAACUUCAGCAAUGAGCUGGUUUCCUAUCACCAUGACACCACCUGCCAGAAGGAAGGAGCUGUCCCGUCUUCGGCACCUCCUGCUGCCAUCACUGCCUGGGUGCAGCCCGUGCCCCGUGCCAUUAGCCUCCAGGGGGAGGACAGUGCUGAGGAGAUGUCCAUGGAGAAGAGAGCUGUGACUUCUCAGACACAGACUGCCCCUGGCAGCAGCCCCAGUUGCUGUCAAGUGCCAGUUAUUUUGCAAUUGGAUUGCAAGCCGAAGCCAUCCCUGGAAACUGCUGCUCCCUGCACGGGACUUGGUCAGUGUGAGGGACCCCAUGGCCUUGUUUCAGAGGGAUGAGUAAUUAAACACCUCACACACCCAGCCACCGCACAGGAGAGCUCUGCCUGUCUCUGUGUAAGCUCCCCAGCAACAGAAGCCCCAUGCCAGAGGGAUGGGAAAACACUACUCUUGCCACAGAGGGGUGAUAGGCAUAUGGAGUCCAUUCCAAAGGCACAGAGCAGCCACAAAUUAACAUCUUCCCAUGGCCACCUUCACUCCUUACUCUCACAGUCAUUAGACAUCUCCCAUGCAUUUGUUCACCCCCAUUUCCAGUCAAAUGUGAGGUAUGUAUUAAGAAUAGUGAGAUAAUUAGAUCAAAGUAAAAACAACUCGUAGUUCAGGCAGCCAACCCCUCCAGAAAGUAGAAAUACAAUAAAAUCCACAAAAUGAAGAGUGACCAGGUCAUCUCUGUCAACCCAUUUCACUACUUGUAAAUAUGAAGGGCAACAAAAGGCAGAGCAAAUAGGUGUUGGAUGGCUUGCAGGAGACAGAAUACUGGGAAAACUUUAUGAUCAUUUCUAUGUAUGUAGAAGGGUUCAGCAGACAUUAAGGCAAUACGGUGGCAUCUCACUGUCCUCUGUUUCUCUGUCCACUACUUCAAGGUUCUGUUGCUGACCAUUUAAUACUGUGUUCCACUAACCACGAUCCUUGCCCCAUUUUUCCUGUCCCUCAUUGGUGAUGGAUUUGCUUUGAUUUAUCUCAGGAAGAUGAUGAAGAUGGAACUGUCCAGAAAGAGGCAAGAAGAAUGCUUGCACUGCAAAAGUUUUCCUGGGCAUUGUCUCAUAGGUGGCACAGAUGACACUUUUCAGAACAGUGAUCCUUGCUGAAAGGACAGCAGCAAAGAGACUUUCCUCCCAGCGAUCCUGCUCCUGUGAUUUUAAACCAUGUGUAGUUCUUAAGACCCUGAAUGCAUUUUCCCCAUCAUUACUUCAUAUGGGAAAAGAUGCUCUUGCUACCCUGCUCUCUUCAGGAAUGUGUCCUUGGGGAAUACUUGGGUGUGGCUGCAAUCUGUUCUUCAUGAGCUACACUGGCAGGACAAGAGGUAAUGGGCUGUAAGGAAGACCAAAGAAAGAAUUUGGAAAGACUUUCUUAGAAUAAGGAUAAUUAAGCACUGGAAUAGAUUCCCUGGGUAAAUUAUGACAUGUCUGUCAGUAAAACGACUGUAAGCUUCUGUCAGAUAUGACAGUGACAGUGUUGAUCCUGUCUUAGGGCAGAGGCACAAUGCAAUGGUCUAUUGAGAUAACCUCUAGUCCUGCUUCACUAUCACAACCUGUCUCCUUAAGAAGCAUCGAGUUUAAGAUGUUUGCUGUGGGUUGUUUUGCAUGUAACUAUCCUUUGAUAUUUUCUUGAAGGCAAAAAAGAUACAGAUAAGAACUUUGAGAUGCUGUUGGUACACUUCCUUUCUUUUAGUGAUUAUCCAUGUUUCUGAGGUUCUAACAACUAUUAUUCAGCAUGCCUAGUGCCUCCUCUGAAGCACAACCCUCAAAUAAACCUGGUGUUGCCUGAAAAAAUACACAAGAUAAGUGUUGUUUUGGUUUUGUUUUGAUUCCCAUUGAUUAGUUUCUAGGUGAUCAUAUAUGAACUGUACAUGGAUUCAGAUGUUAAAGAUUAAAUUUGUGAGAGUAUUUUCCUCGAUGCAUUUCUUUCUUCUUACACAAACCAGCAAUACAUAAGAAUGUCAAAAUCCAGCUCCUUAAAAAAAAAACCCUCAAAAAUUAUAUCUUUAAGCUCUAAGAGACAUCUCAUCUCACCCUCUCCAUGCUAAAACCCAACCUGGGGAGAUGCUGAUAAACCCGACAAGAUGCUACCCUGAGGUGUGACUCCCCCACUGCCUGCCACCCUUCUGUUUCUGUGGCACGAGCUUCAGCUGGCUCCAUCCCUCACGGAGUGAACUGUCCCUGCCCACACAUCCCCCAGCUGAUGGGCAGGCACUCUGCUGGCAGUCAAGGCCACACUUGAAAUCAUUAUGCACAGGAGAAUUUUUUUUAGUAUGUGUACAGUCUAAUUAUUAGUGAUAAAAGAUGUUAAUCAAUGGAAGAGAAAGAUUUACCUUCUCACAAGGUUUGCCCUGCUAGAGUGGCUGUCUCACCCAGGAAUUUGGCUGGACUUAUUUAGAGUGAUGAUGAAAAUGGUGAAGGACUGAGUGGGUAGCAGAAAUUAAACAAAGGAUAUAUCUGAGUAAUGUUUUCUCUUAAGAACUAUCAAAAAUGCAUGGUAGCUUCAAUCUGUGAAACUAUAUUUGUGUUAAGAAUGGAAAAAGCUAUUUGUGUCAGUGCUUGUGGCUAUAGUUUAAAUAUGCUUCAUUAAUGGGUCAGAUUGUACCUGAAAAUAAAUCUACAUUUUCCUGGUCUUUACUGCAGCUUUUUAAAGUGACAACUUGAAAUAGGUUUUUGUAAGUGAUGUUGGAAAUAAUUGGUUGUAACUGAUUGCUAAUGGUUAUUACUGAUGUGCAGAUGAUACACAUUACAGUAGUUUACAGUUGUAAG